AUGUCUUUGCCAGUGCAACUUGUUGUUAUAUUCUUCGCUCAAAGUGGAAUAUGCUUGGACAACCCCCAUCGCAAAGCCAUCCAGCCAAUUCGGAGAGCACUGCCGACUGUAACUCACACAAACGCCGAAUUCCUCGUAAAUGGGACCAGUAUCCCGGAGGUUGCGUUCGAUGUGGGAGAAUCAUAUGCCGGCCUUCUACCAAACACACCCGCCGGAAACUCCAGCCUCUUCUGGCCUAUUCCCAACCCUUAUUCUUGGGCGAAUCUCACGAAUAUGGUCUAUGUUGAUCAACCUGCGGGGACGGGCUUCUCUCCUGGUCCGUCGACCGUGACUGAUGAGCAAGAUGUUGCGCGAGAAUUCAACGGCUGGUUCAAGAAUUUUGUGGACACUUUUGACCUUCAUGGGCGGAAGAUUUACAUUAUUGGAGAGAGUUAUGCCGGCCAAUACAUUCCCUACAUUGCUUCUGACAUGUUGGAUCGGAAGGACAUAGAUUACUUCAAUCUUCGUGGAAUCCAAUUGAAUGACCCGAUGAUCAAUGAGGAAUCCGUCAUGAUCCAUGCCCCAGUAGUUAGUCACUUCAACCACUACCAGAACAUCUUUGCACUCAACCAAACCUUCGUCCAAAACAUCACUCGCCGCGCAGAGAAAUGUGACCCAAGCACCAACGGCUGCAACCUCUGGGACAAGAUCGUCCAAGCAGCUUUCUUCGUCAACCCCUGCUUCAACAGGUACCACCUAACAGACUUCUGCCCCUACCUCUGGGACACGACGGGCCUUAACCCACGCGCAGGGGGGCCAUCCAACUACUUCAACCGAUCCGACGUGCAGCAGAUCCUACACGUUCCUCAAACAGAUUACCCAGCAUGCACCGCAGACGGGGUCUUCCCCAACGGCGAUCCAUCACCCCCCAGCGCCCUCGGACCCCUCCCGAGCGUCAUCGAGCGCACGAACAACACAAUAAUCGCACACGGAUGGCUCGACUACCUGAUCUUCUUGAACGGAUCGCUCGUCACCAUCCAGAACAUGACCUGGAACGGCGCCCAGGGGUUCCACCACCAGCCGACGGAACCACUUUACGUUCCCUGCCACUAUGGCCUCGCUGAGCUGGGAAGCGGCAACGCCCCGACUCCAUUAACGCUGGACGCAGGCGCAGGCUAUCUGGGUACGGCGCACACGGAGCGCGGGCUGACUUUUACUUCUGUGUAUGGGGCGGGGCAUCAUAUACCUCAGUACGCGCCGGGAGCCGCGUACCGCCAGCUGGAAUUUCUCCUGGGACGGAUCGAUAGCUUGUCUGAUGUAGGGAAUUAUACUGCCUAG